AUGGAACAGCAUGGGUUGGCGUCCUCCAUCCUGCAGCCUCUGGCUCUUGAACCCAAUACCACGACAUCUACCGCCUCGGUGGCGCGCCAGAAGCGAGCGCGGGACUCGUAUCUUUACGACCGCAAUGGGAAACGCUUGAAGGGCUUAAAAGGUGAGGCAGCGAAGCUCAUGCACAAUCAUCGGUUUUUUAGCAGCGAGGAGGAAAUUCACCACCUUGAGCAGACGCUCGCGGUAGGCCAACGCUCCAUGGAGCCGCUGGUGGAUAGCAGUGGCGUCUGGGAUGGCGGCGCAGGCAUACAAAAACUACCUGCGUUACCCGAUAUGUUUGGUGUUGUGCCGCCCACUGCGGCAACGGGAGGAGGAACGGCGGACGCGGCAAAUGGUGAAGACGUGGCCCCUGGUGCGGUGGUCCCAGCCAUGCAUCGGUGGUCACUUGUGCGGCGGCGCCUUGCCACCGUGGGGCUGCAGUCAGGGGGCAUGGCAGGUUCUUGUGCUGCUUCGUCACCGAGGUUGCCACGGGUGAGCAACUCUGGUUAUCGCUGGGAGCGAGCAGAUUCGCUACUCGUAGAGAAUGCCCUUAUGUCUGCUGCGCUAGCAGAAAAGGAGGAGGACGGGGAAAAUGAUGGUAACGGCGGCUGUGGUGGUGAUUGUAGUUGUAGGCGCGGGGAUCUUCCAGGUUCGUGGUUGGCGGCGCAGCACCUCUCCGUUCCUCCCGAGGUGGAGCUCACCGUCCUUCACACCUCGGCCGAACCUUCUCCCUGUGCAUUUUUUACCGUCUCCGCGGAGGAGUACGCGGUGAUGGGACUGGACAAUGAUGAGUAUCAACCAACUCUGCUCUCACAUGAGGGCAAGGACUCCGAUGCGGUGCAUUGGAGGUUUGACUUUUCGUCCACGUGCAGGCUUCUGUCGCUGUACGAACGGUUUGGCAACUUUGUUGUGGUUGCCGACCGGUGGCGGUACACCGAUGCCCGUGACGUUGUGGCGGCACCCGCAUCGCCGUCUGGGUUCAGGGCGGCCGCCACGGACACAACCGAAGCUGGCCCUCCCGUAGAGGUAUUGAUGGAACGAUACAGACUCGUCUCAGAGGCAGUGUUGCGCCACCGGCUGCAUCUCCUGCAGGAGACCCUGAAGGAAGAGGAGGAUAGGAAGGACGGAGAGGACGCGGUCCGAUCAUCCCCCAGCAGGUUGAAACUCUCCCAGCGUGUAGUGAGUGUGAAGCCAACAGAAGAGCGCGCCCCGACGUCAAUCCACCCACUCACUUCGCUGAUGGAGAAGCACCCGGUGCUGGUGGCACAGCGGCGGCGGCAGGAGUGGCUCGCGCAAAGGUAUCAGGAGCUCUGUGAGAGCAACGGCACAGAGUCCGCGCCUCAGGAAGCGGAGACCGGGGAAACGAGGAUGCUUGCCAGGCACAGAGCUGAGGUGCUGCAACAAUGUAUGGAGUCGUUUGCCACGUCUUCUGCGUUGCCUCUAGCAUCACAACAGCAGCUCAGUCAGGCUGCGUGUAAGAGGAACGGCGAUGGGGCUGAUGUGUCACUGUUGCUGAUGUCGUCCCCACCGCCUCCAGCAUCGCCCUUCUGGUACGAUGGCCUGCUAGAGCAGUUGCGACGCAGGCGACUACGUGAGUUUCUCACGCACGAGGCAACGAUGAAUGUGCCCUACUUUAGGGCGCUUAUGGCGGAACAGCGUGUGUCUAGCCAAGCAACGGUAUUGUUUGACAAGUUACGGGUGCUGACGAAUGAAACUGCGACUGAUGUUCAACAGGACGAGCAAAUCUGUCCUGUAGAUGUUGGGAAAUUUGUGGGUAGGCGGGCUCCACGUAGCAGACGACAAGGGGUGGGGAAGGCUCGCAACCAGCCACAGCAGCAACAGUCAGCGUUAGAUGGCAUGGGGGAGGACAGUUACCAGGGCGUGCAGGUGGAGGUCUCACGCGUUCCGCUGCAAUGUGAACGAUUACGGCUGUGCGUGCAGGCGGGAUGGUUUCUUCCACCUCCUGACGUUGGAGCCAACGGUAAACCGACUGGCGGUGGCAGCACGGUGGCGAAUCGGGCGCUCAGCAAUUUUGGGGAGGCGCUGUUGCUGAGUUUGCCGCCCACUGUACCGCGUCUUCAUUUGGGGGUGGAGCUUGAACUAGAAAAGCACCUAUGGGAGGAUCACCGGGCUUUGUGUGAUGACAAUGCGGAUGUGCAGCAGCUACUGUGUGAGGCACGCGUGCUGUACACGCAGAACGUUAUUCUGCGUCGCUUUGCGGGGAAGUGUGGUGUGUUGGAGGCGGCACUUAGGAAAUUGGCGAGCGAGGCUGCUACCGAGAUGUAA